ACAGCGACCAGGAACAGAACUCGAGGAGGUUCUUAUAGUCUAUAAACAGACAGUCAGGCCUGCCUGGCCGCCUGGCUUGAAGCCUAUAUUUUUACUCUAAAUACCAGAUAAACUAUGUCUGAACUCGAGUGCACUAUAGCAGUCGAGGGUCUGACCUACAGUCAUGUUCCUAAUUCGCCUCCUUCAUUGGAAAAUAUAACCUUUCAUCUUCAGCCUGGGUCUCGAACCAUAUUGGUUGGCGCUAAUGGAGCCGGAAAAUCUACGCUCCUACAGAUCCUGGCGGGUAAAAGAUUGGUCAAAGAUGCUGAGAUCCGCAUCAAAGGCCUAGAUGUCUUCAGGGACUCCCCCCCUGGCGUCACCUUCCUCGGCACAGAGUGGGCAAUGAAUCCAGUGGUUCGGAGCGAUAUCGUGGUAUCUACAUUCUUGGACUCCGUGGGAGGAUACAAACACAAGGAGAGAAGAGACAAGCUUCUAGACAUCUUGGAUGUGGACUUAGACUGGCAUAUGCAUGCAAUUUCUGAUGGAGAACGUCGCCGUAUCCAACUCUGCAUGGGUCUCAUGGCCCCAUGGGAUGUUCUUCUAUUAGACGAAGUCACUGUCGACCUUGAUGUCAUGGUUCGUGACGAAUUGCUUACUUUCCUUCGAGACGACAGCAUCGCCCGUGGAGCUACCAUUAUUUAUGCGACACAUAUUUUUGACGGACUCAAUUCGUUCCCUACUCACGUCGCCCACAUGCGUUUUGGAUCCUUUGCUACAGAACCUACUCCAUGGCCUUCCGGCUUUACAAAAGGUCCUCAAACCCCCACAUUAUACAACACUGCUCUGCAGUGGCUCAGGGAAGAUCGUGAUUACCGCCGAGAACUUGAGAAACAAGGGCGAAAAGGUCGUGGUGCGAGAGAUGAGACUGUCCCUUCUGACUCUGAGACCUUCUACAAGAAAUACGACUAUAGUCAUUAAGACAACACUACGGCCGUGUGGACGCAUCAUGUGCACUGUCUCGCAAUACGAUUACAUCAGUUUCAACAACCUGUAGCGAUAGCACUACAAGAAAUCCUUGUAUUCAACAUGCACCCCUUAAUUUAUGAUAUUUGAAUCUGGA